CAACACCAACUCUAACCCUCCUUCCUAUUCCCCUAAUACUACAUCAACACGUUCGCCGGCAAAGUACCAAUGGCCAAGGCUUCAAGGGCCUGCGUCUUUCUGCUCAGGCUCCUGGCCGCGGCCGCCACCGUCUCCGCCGCCGUCGUCAUGGCGACGAGCCACGAGUCCACCACCUUAUUCGGCUUAACCUUGGAGGCCAAGUUCCAAUACACACCUUCCUUCAAGUUCUUCGUGAUUGCCAAUGCCAUCGGUUGUGGCUACUCCCUCCUCGUUCUUCUGAUACCUCCCACGAGCUCGCUCUCGAGAUUUGUCGUCAUGCUCGAUGUGAUCAUCGCAAUGCUGCUGACUGCGGCCAUCUCAGCAGCAGGAGCCAUAUCCGAGGUGGGGAAGAAAGGGAAUUCGCACUCUGGAUGGCUGCCGAUCUGUGGGCAGAUUCCCAAGUUCUGCGAUCAUGUAAAGGGAGCUAUGAUCUGUGCCUUCUGUGGUGUGGUGAUUUACUUGGUGAUCCUUCUCCAUAGCAUCCACACUGUGAUCGGUCCUCUUCUUCCAUGAACCUACCUUUACGAGAGCUUUGAUGGGAUAUUAUAUAUAUUAUGAUGUCAAAGUUUUUAAUUGGUGCUCAGUUACUACAGAGAUAUCCUUAACAUUGUGUUGUGAUGAGAGGUGUAUUUGCUAGCUAGUUAAAAUCCAAACUCCGGUCAGGCUUCUUGCAG